AAUCGAUCUUACACGCAGAGAGAAAGAGAGAGAGUGAGAGCGAGUCUCUGAGAUUGAGAAUGAGAAUGAGAGAGAGUCAAUUCCGAGCUCUACCAAUCUUGUUGGUGUUCUUCUUCGUCUUCAAUGCCUGUGAUGCACUCUACGGUCCAUCAUCACCAGUGCUUCAGCUGACUCCCUCCAACUUCAAGUCCAAGGUUCUGGACUCGAACAGAGUUGUUCUGGUUGAGUUCUUUGCGCCGUGGUGUGGGCAUUGUAGAGCUCUGACUCCUAUAUGGGAGAAAGUCGCUACUGUGUUGAAGGGUGUGGCCACCGUAGCUGCUCUUGAUGCUGAUGCGCAUAAGUCCCUUGCUCAGGAUUAUGGGAUUCAAGGAUUCCCAACAAUAAAGGUGUUCGUACCUGGAAAGCCACCAGUUGAUUAUCAGGGAGCAAGAGAUGUGAAACCUAUUGCAGAAUUUGCUCUCUCACAGAUUAAGGCACUGUUGAAGGACCGGUUAAGUGGAAAAUCAACAGGAGGAUCAAGUGAAAAACCUGAGCCUAAUGCUUCAGUAGAACUAAAUUCCAAGAACUUUGAUGAACUAGUUGUUAAAAGUAAAGAACUCUGGAUUGUGGAGUUCUUUGCACCUUGGUGUGGGCACUGUAAAAAAUUGGCACCUGAGUGGAAGAAGGCUGCCAAAAACUUGAAGGGGAAGGUGAAGUUGGGACACGUGGACUGUGAUGCAGAGCAGUCACUUAUGAGCAGGUUCAAUGUUCAAGGAUUCCCAACAAUAUUAGUAUUUGGAGCUGACAAAGAUAGCCCAGUACCGUAUGAGGGUGCAAGGACUGCUUCAGCCAUUGAAUCGUUUGCUCUCGAACGACUAGAAACAAAUGUUGCACCUCCUGAAGUGACUGAGCUAACUGGCCCUGAUGUCUUGGAAGAGAAAUGUGGUUCAGCAGCCAUCUGUUUCGUCGCUUUUCUACCUGAUAUCUUGGAUUCAAAGGCUGAAGGGAGGAACAAGUACCUUCACCAGUUAUUAUCCGUUGCAGAGAAGUUCAAAAGGAGUCCAUAUAGCUAUGUCUGGGCGGCAGCUGGUAAGCAACAAGACCUUGAGAAUCUUGUAGGUGUUGGUGGUUACGGGUAUCCUGCAUUGGUGGCCUUAAAUGUGAAAAAAGGUGUUUAUGCCCCUCUUAAGAGUGCGUUCGAGCUUGAUCAGAUUACCGAAUUUGUGAGAGAAGCUGGGCGUGGUGGAAAGGGAAACUUGCCUCUGAACGGCACCCCCAACAUAGUGAAGAGCGAACCAUGGGAUGGUAAGGAUGGAGAGAUCGUUGAAGAGGAUGAGUUCUCCCUUGAAGAACUGAUGGGGGAAGAUACUAAUAGCAAGGAUGAAUUGAGAUAAAUUCAAAGCAUUGUAGUAGAGUAUAAAUGUGUAUCAGACUAAGAUUGAUUUUGGAGGAAUUCACAAGCCAUGCCUGGUUUUGCUAGUCAUUUUGCUGUUUUUGUACGUGGAUGACGUUUAUAAUAGAGGGUUAGUUCGAUCAAGAGCUUUCUUACAAGG